AAGGUAAUGUGAUUUCCUUGUUCCCUUACUUAUCGAUCUCGCGUAAUUCAUAACCUUACCAAUAGAGUAUAAAAAAAUACCACAACCCGCCAAUGAGCUUAUCAACAUUCAAAAGUAUUUCUUUGUAUAAUUAUUUAUCUUCUUAUCAAUGAAAAAUAAACAAACUGAAAAUACGUAGAAAAGUUUUGAUAGAAGUCGACAAAUCCACUCUGCGACUUUUUUAACAUAGUCAGUUACAUCGCACAUGUCCUGUAGACUGUAAUACAAAUGAAAGAUACUUAAUUGCUAACCUACAUUUUUAGGAGAUUUUCAAUCUUAUCAAUUAGCUUUUAUACAUAUUAUUUGAAAAAAUUUUUCCUAAUAAUACUUGAUAGAGAAACUAACCAUUUAGUUUAACUAUUUAAACAAUAGAAAUGGAGAUGUUAGUGUUUAAACAUGUAUGUACACAAACGCUUAAGAUAAAUUCAAUUUUCGUAAAACUGUUUAAAAGAAAUUAUGUACAAGCUGUUUUGCAAAGCACGUCGAAGAAUUUGCACCCUUAUCAACAAAUACAUCCAUGGAAAUCAUUAGAUGAAUUUUCAGAAGAAUUAGUUAACAAUGUCAUUUAUAACAAGGAUGGGUUAGUGGCUAUAAAUAAACCUUAUGGCAUAUCUGUUGAUCGUGUAAAUGUACAGAAAGUUGUACACCGCAUAGCAAAUAAUGUGAAAUACACAAUAUAUGAUGCUUUACCACAUAUUGCUAAGCAGUUGAAUUUUUCAGGGUUAACUAUAAUUAGGAAACCUGAAAAGUAUAUGACUGGCAUUAUGCUUUUAGCAGCAAAUCCGACAGUGAUACGUAAAGUUAAUCAUGCAUUAGGCCGUAAUACAAAUGCAAAAACUUAUUGGGUGAUUACAACUGCAAUACCAAAUCAAACAGAGGGUACUGAAAGACUACAAAUGGAACGGCUGUCGAAGUCAAAGAAAGACCAGAGUACAAGGAUAGAAAUGAAGCAGAGGACUUCAAAGAAUGCGUUCAAAAAGGACAAUGUUAAGGUUUUAAAUGUCAGCUUUAAAGUUUUAAGCACUUCCAAAAGUACGUCAUCUUCCUUAGUCGAAAUAACAUCAACUACAAAUAAGGACCAUGCAGUUAGAUUGUUCGCAUCAACAUUCUUAUAUUCUCCAGUUUUGGGAGACAAUCUGAUGGGAUCACGGGUUAGAAAAGUUGGGAAUACUUAUAUUAAAGUUGAUCCUUCUGUGAAACUGUCUUAUCUGCCACCGAAAUUAGACAAACAGGUCUAUAGGUUAUUAGGUUUGCGAGAAUCUCAACAAGAGAUUAUUCCUGUUCAUAUUCAUUUAAGGUCAAUAACUCUACUAUCCUAUCUCAAGAAUAAAGAAACUUUAACGAUUAACGCUCCUAUAAUCCCUCCUUUCGAUUGGGCAUAUAAACAAUUUCACUUCCAGGAUUCAAUGGAAAAUAAAUAAUACUGUAUCACAUAAAAAGUGGAAUUAUCUUUUUAAUCGGUUAAAGUUUUUUUAAUUACUUAAUAAAAACACGAUCGUAAUAACAUAAUGCUCG